CAUAUAAAUGUUUUCGGAGUUCCGCUCUUGACGGCAUAGAAACUAAUUUAACUAGCUGUAAUUGUAAAUGAACGCUGAGACACGUCCGUGUACUGUCAAGCAGAAAAUUUAUUCGAUGCAUGUAGCUUUUAUUCAUAAACAAAUUUGAGGACAGUUUAACAAUACAAAAAUAUAAAUGUCCAAGCUAUUGCGAAGAUUUGUAAGCGGUUUGAUAGCAAUGACCUCUAUAUGGCUGUUUAUAUUUCGGUUAUACGGGUUUGGAAUGAAAGAUUAUAUUAAUAACAGCUCAAUUUUGAACGAAAGCGGGACAAUAGAACCAUUGCAAAGCGAAUUUAUCGCUCUACAAUUGCCAGGCAACAAUUGUCCACCAAACAAAGACAGGGAAUCGUUCGCAGCAUUGUUGGCACAAUGGCAUACGCUGGCGACAUUUUAUAAAAUUCCUUACGUAAUCGGUUGUGGAUCCCUACUGGGUCAGUACAGAGACGGAGAUAUUAUACCCUGGGACGAGGAUGUUGAUGUACUUGUGGACAUCAAAAAGUUUAAGGCCCUUGAAGUGUUUGGUGGAAGGCGGAAUUUUGAGCAAACCUACGAUGAUAAGUUUCAUUUUGUUGUACAGAAUGAUUUUGAACGAAGGGAAGAAGACGAUAGAACACGGUUGAGUUGUACAGGCCAGGUAGGGGGGCAUCACUUUUGUUGCUAUAGUGUUGGGUUUUGUCUGUGUUGGUGUUAUACUUAUGUACUCAGGUGAAUAUGAUGUUUGUGAUGUUACUCUGAGUCGGUAUAUCCACACUGGGCAAGCUUGAAUAUGCCUGGCCGUCUAGGUGUGGAUAUACAUGCACUCAGAGUAACAUCACAAACAUUAUAGUGUUGGUGUCAAUUUAUUUUUUUCUAAUUUUCAGGUCGUACGCGAUCAAAUCGAUAGUUGUUCAUUUGUGAGUCCAAUGGGGCGAGUGAUUCAAGGCUUUAAUCAUUUAGACAUCUUUCCAUACGUUGUUUCGCGAGAGAAACGGAAAGUGCUUGAUCUGGACAUGGACACAGACUACAAUCUCAGAGAUUUUUUCCCUUUUAAGGAAUGCGUGUUUAUGAACGUUAAAACGUCAUGUCCACGCAACAUUCGCGGAGUUUUGGAGGCCGCAUACGACGAUUUAAAAUCAGACCAUAGUUGCGUGAACGGAGCGUGGAUCAUGAGGAAGUUGAUACAGUGAAAUAUGCAUCAUGAUAAAUAAAAACUCACACAAGAUGGCCGAACAAAAUUCAGUCGUAUAAUUGUGUGGCAAACAAGCACUUGUUAAAUUGGGUGUGGCGUGUUAUGGAAUGUUGACAAUAGACCCUGCAGCCGGAAAGCACUAUAGCCUUUCUUUCAGGAUUGAGAUAUACCGGCUUUAGAGACCUUUAUCUUUUUACUGAUGACCUAAUUAUGUAAAGGUAUUUUAUAUUAUGAUUUCGUAAUUGUGCCCACCAGUAACAAGAUAAAUAUGACCACCUGUAACACGAUGAAGGACUCUAAACCCAAUAUCUCAAUCACAAAAACAAAGUUCUGUAGGCAAGUACUUUCCAGAAGAUUUUUUUAACGAAACAAGCUACUUAAAGAAUAAAGCAUCUUUUUAUUUUCUUACUUCUAAAUAUAAGACUAGUGCAUAGAAUAAAAAAGGAAUUCUCUCACUCUGACAGGACUAAAAUCAUUCUGGUUAUAUUUCAUAUUUUUAAUCCGGCCUCACUGAUUCAUUGAGAGUCAGUAGUUUAUCAGUCUCUUAGGACUGUUACCUGUCACCCUCUAUAUGAAUAAAGUUAUUAUUGAUUACUACUGUGAUUCGUCCAACAACUUAUCCCUAAAAUUAGUCUGGUAGUUCCGGUAAAGCUUUAAAUUCAGCACCCAAAAUACUGUAUGAUUUCCAACUUUUGAAUUGAAGGAGUUUUCAUUCAUAAUAUAUACAUUACUCGUGCAAUCUGCAUGAUUAUUACAAUUAGCCUUUCCCACGCCGCCAUUUUUGGGGUACUGUAAUUUUUCGUAAACGAUUAUAACAAUGUGAAAAGCAAUAUUUCAGAACAAACAACUAUUUACAGAGUAAAUUUACCAUCAUACGCCCACAAAAUUAUAAAAUGUCGCCGUUACGCGGUGUAACACUCGCAGGAUUGGCAAAAAAGUACCCCAAAAAUGGCGGCGCGAGAAAGGCUAUAAUUGGCAGUAUUUGAUUAUCAUUAGCAUACGUAUGACUUUGUUAUGUUAUUAUUAAAAUUAUAAAAUUAUAAAAUUA